GCCCGCACCUCCCCGGCGCGCGCCCGCCCGCCCGCUCGCCCCCGGCCCCGGCUCCUCCUCCUCCUCUUCUCGCCAUUGCAGUUGGACUCAGCAGCCCGGUGCGCACCGCGUGGCUUUUGGGGGGAGACCCCGGCGGGCUGUGGUAGGAGGGCGGCGGCGGCGGUUGCGGUCGGGGAAGGGAACGCCGACAAGAUAGUUGAAGUAUUGAUAACACCAAGGAAAUCUGUCACAGUUUGAAAAGAUAAGCAAACAUUUGAUUUCCAGACACUACAGAAAAAAGAAGUAAAAAUGCGUCCGAUGCGAAUUUUUGUGAAUGAUGAUCGCCACGUGAUGGCAAAGCAUUCUUCUGUUUAUCCAACCCAAGAGGAACUGGAGGCCGUCCAGAACAUGGUGUCCCACACAGAGAGGGCUCUCAAAGCUGUGUCUGACUGGAUAGAUGAGCAAGAGAAAGGAAGCGGUGAGCACGCCGAGUCUGAGAACGUGGAUGUGCCACCAGAGGACGAGACCAAAGAAGGGGCUGGGGAGCAGAAAACGGAGCACAUGACCAGAACCCUGCGGGGCGUGAUGCGUGUUGGCCUCGUGGCAAAGGGCCUGCUGCUCAAGGGGGACUUGGAUUUGGAGCUGGUGCUGCUAUGUAAGGAGAAGCCCACGACUGCCCUCCUGGACAAGGUGGCCGACAACCUGGCCAUCCAGCUCGCUGCUGUUACAGAAGACAAGUACGAAAUACUCCAGUCUGUCGAUGAUGCUGCGAUUGUGAUAAAAAACACAAAAGAGCCUCCAUUGUCCCUGACCAUCCACCUGACCUCCCCUGUUGUCAGAGAAGAAAUGGAGAAAGUAUUAGCCGGAGAAACGCUAUCAGUCAACGAUCCCCCGGACGUUCUGGACAGGCAGAAAUGCCUUGCUGCCUUGGCGUCCCUCCGACACGCCAAGUGGUUCCAGGCCAGAGCCAACGGGCUGAAGUCGUGUGUCAUUGUCAUCCGGGUCCUGAGGGACCUGUGUACCCGCGUGCCCACCUGGGGUCCCCUCAGAGGAUGGCCCCUCGAGCUUCUUUGUGAGAAGUCCAUCGGCACAGCCAACAGACCCAUGGGUGCCGGCGAGGCCCUGCGGAGAGUGCUGGAGUGCCUGGCGUCGGGCAUCGUGAUGCCAGAUGGUUCUGGCAUUUAUGACCCUUGUGAAAAAGAAGCCACUGAUGCUAUUGGGCAUCUAGACAGACAGCAACGGGAAGAUAUCACACAGAGUGCGCAGCAUGCUCUGCGGCUUGCUGCGUUUGGCCAGCUCCAUAAAGUUCUGGGUAUGGACCCUCUGCCUUCUAAGAUGCCCAAGAAACCAAAGAAUGAAAACCCAGUGGACUACACAGUUCAAAUCCCCCCCAGCACCACCUAUGCCAUUACACCCAUGAAACGCCCGAUGGAGGAAGAUGGGGAGGAAAAGUCUCCCAGCAAAAAGAAGAAGAAGAUUCAGAAGAAAGAGGAGAAGGCAGAGCCGCCUCAGGCUAUGAAUGCUCUCAUGAGACUAAACCAGCUGAAGCCAGGACUGCAGUAUAAGCUGGUUUCCCAGACCGGUCCAGUCCACGCCCCCAUCUUUACCAUGUCUGUGGAGGUAGAUGGCAACUCAUUCGAGGCCUCUGGACCGUCCAAAAAGACUGCCAAGCUUCAUGUGGCCGUUAAGGUGUUACAGGACAUGGGCCUCCCUACUGGCGCUGAAGGCAGAGACUCCAGCAAGGGGGAGGACUCGGCCGAGGAAACGGAAGCGAAGCCGGCCGUGGUGGCCCCUCCACCUGUGGUGGAAGCCGCUUCGACCCCCAGCGCCACCUUCCCCUCAGAUCCCACUGCCGAGAACGUAAAACAGCAGGGGCCGAUCCUGACCAAGCACGGCAAGAACCCUGUUAUGGAACUCAAUGAGAAGAGGCGCGGCCUCAAGUACGAGCUCAUCUCCGAGACCGGGGGCAGCCACGACAAGCGCUUCGUCAUGGAGGUCGAGGUGGAUGGACAGAAGUUUCAGGGUGCUGGCUCAAACAAAAAGGUGGCAAAAGCAUAUGCUGCUCUCGCUGCACUAGAAAAGCUGUUCCCCGAUGCCCCUCUCGCCCUGGAGGCCAACAAGAAGAAGAGAGCCCCCGUGCCUGUGAGAGGUGGACCGAAAUUUGCUGCUAAGCCACAUAACCCUGGCUUCGGUAUGGGAGGCCCCAUGCAUAAUGAAGUGCCCCCGCCCCCCAACCUCCGAGGGCGGGGAAGAGGAGGGAACAUCCGAGGUCGAGGGAGAGGGAGAGGAUUUGGUGGCGCCAACCACGGAGGCUACAUGAACGCCGGCGCCGGAUAUGGCAGCUAUGGGUACGGAGGCAGCUCGGCAACGGCAGGCUACAGUCAGUUCUACAGCAACGGAGGGCAUUCUGGGAAUGCCGGUGGUGGCGGCGGCGGGGGCGGUGGUGGCUCCUCUGGCUACGGCUCCUACUACCAAGGCGACAACUACAACUCACCAGUGCCCCCGAAACACGCUGGGAAGAAGCAGCCCCACGGGGGCCAGCAGAAGCCCUCGUACGGCUCAGGCUACCAGUCCCACCAAGGCCAGCAGCAGUCCUACAACCAGGGCCAGUACAGCAACUACGGCCCCCCACAGGGAAAGCAGAAGGGCUAUAAUCAUGGACAAGGCAACUACUCCUCCUACUCAAACUCCUACAGCUCCCCCGGGGGCGGGGGCGGAUCAGACUACAGCUACGAGAGCAAAUUCAACUACAGUGGUAGUGGAGGCCGGAGCGGCGGGAACAGCUACGGCUCAGGCGGGUCGUCCUACAACCCAGGGUCACACGGGGGCUACGGCGGAGGUUCUGGGGGCGGCUCCUCAUACCAAGGCAAACAAGGAGGCUACUCGUCACAGUCCAACUACAACUCCCCCGGGUCCGGCCAGAAUUACAGCGGCCCUCCCAGCUCCUACCAGUCCUCACAGGGCGGCUACGGCAGAAACGCAGACCACAGCAUGAACUACCAGUAUAGAUAAAGCCCCCCGAGGGGUGAAGAUUUGUACCUUCUGCACUUCCCCCUCGUCGUAAGAUUCAGUUUUAUGCAUCACAGUUAACAUGUCAGCUGGCCCCUCCAGGCCCCCUCGCCCCAACCUGUCCACAUUGCUGUGUUGUGCGGUGCAGCUGGUCACUCCCGUGACCCGUCCUGUGACCCUUAUUUAGCUGUGUUUGGGACUUCCGUGUCUUCGAUGGUUUGUUAGUUGCCAUUACAACUUUGUCUGAGUAGAGUUUGAGUUCUUACAGUUAAGUAUCCUUCUGUCUAUUUACAAUUGGUGUUAGCGUUAACUCAGUUUGUCUUUAAAUAGCUCCAGAAGGGAUACAUCAUCUGUUAAUGCUUUUGUGAAGUGAGUUAAACAAGCUUUCUGUAUUUUAAUGCUUUAGUGUUUCAGUUUUAUAAGUGAAGAUUUUAUUUUAAAAACCAGUGGGAAAGAGUGGGGUUUUUUUUGUAUGUCUGGAUCAUUCAGGCAGUACAUCUGAAUUAAGCUGAAUGUAGACAAAUAAAAGAAAAAGAAAACUGCGCCCGUCGUAGGCCUGGGUGUCUGACCCACCAGCAGUGUGAUGGGCAGGUUCCCCCACUGUUCCCAGCAUGGGAAUGCGGGGCGGGGGUGGCAGGACAGCCCCUCGUCACCCAAGGGUCCAGUUCCAGGCCUCUCGAUGCCUUCACUCCAAGGUUGACCAGGGUCAGCAACCCGGUAACACGGGGUCUUGUUUUGUCAGUGUCCCGGGGGGCUCCAGGUGGUCUGCAGAGUGGCCUACGCUCCUGUUAGGGGUUUGCUCCCACAAGUCAGCAUGCUUGCUUUCUUGCCCCGUGAAUUCUGGCGUAGCUUUAAGUACAGUUUCAUGUCACUGUGGAGUGGAACCUACAUAGGUUUGGUACGUGUAACCCAACUUGCAAAAGGCCAGUUGAAUCUGGCUAAAGCACCCCAAGAUCUGGGAAGCCCAGCCUGGAACCUUCUCUGUCUGGAUGGUGUGGUUUUGUGUCCCCAACAGCUGCAGCCUCGUGGUGCUGCCCCCCCGCCCAGAGGUUCCAAGUGUGCAGGCGGGGUUCUUUCUAGCCGCCCAGCCCUGUUCUAACAGGUUUCCCUGGAGUGGUGCAUCUCAAUCAGGCAGUUUUGCAUUGGGGGACAUUUGUCACCUAGUGGGCGGGGGCCAAGGAUGCUACUGACCGCUCUGCUUAAGUGUCAGACACGUGGAGGUGGAGAAACCUGCCCUGAGAGCAGCCUUUCCCCACUCUGGCCCUGCCCCAGGGGGUGGGCGGGGGCGGCACUGUCCUUGCCUUUGCCCAGGCUUCGACUCUGUCUGGGAAGAGCCUCUCCAGUGAGUCUGGGCUGCAUGUCUGCAGGGACCCUUCUCCUCUUCCCAUCUCUCUGCUAUCCCUCAGACCAGGCAUCGUUCGAAUUCUGAACUGCAGGCAGUCCUUGGCCUCCUGUGCUUGAUGAACCAUAGCCUUGGGGAGAAGAGCAAACCAUUCUCGAUUCAGAACUCCUCAGCUGAGGCAGAAAAUCCAGUGUGCCUUCAAAGGAUGAAGAUGCGCCUUGGAGAGGUGGAAGAAAGGUGUUCUGCACUUAAAAAGAAAAAAAAUAUGGGAAGAAUUUGGCCUUCUGCUGGAGCAGAGGAGGACCCAGAUACCAGUGGUCCAGCGUGGGGAGAGGGAGGGAUUGUGUGAUGCCCACCCAAGAGGCAGUCCACAGUGCAAGCACCAGGGUGGCCUGCAGUACACUGGAUGUGUGUGUGCAUGUGCACUAAUAGAGACGAGAGACAGGCCUUAGGGAUGGGUCCCAACCCAGACUUCGAUGGGAUAUGAUAUGUCCAUGACCCAUCUCUCCUGGACACCUCCAGGGGCUGGGAAAAGGAGAUCAUUGGGACCCUGUGUUGAAAUGAGAAGAUCCAGGCUGUGGGUGGGGCCUGCACCACUCCGGAACCCACGGGGAAGAACGUCCCCCCGCCCCACUUCCAGAUGCCUUCAAGCUAUGGGCCUGUAUUCUCAGCUCAGGUUUCCUCGCCAUCAGUUUCCCAAGCAGUGACCACCACCACGUUGAAGUUUCUGAAUGUAAACCCUUCACAAGGGCAAGAAUCUCGAAGGCAUUGGAGAAAACUCCCAGGCCACCCUGAUGUGGAGACCUCAGGGAGCUGUUACUUGGUGCCAUGUUCUUGUGAAAAACGGCAGAUCUCCAGGUUGCUGGUCGCUGAGGGGUGCUGGUCCAAGUCCCUGGGCCUGGCCUGAGUGCUCCCAAAGCCAGGACAAGUGUUACUGACCUGAGAGACUUUCGUUGCCAAGCAGAAAGCAGUAUCUGAGAAGCAGGAUCUUUCCUUGUUUCAUCUAGUUUCUGGUGACUUCUGGGCAUUCCUUGGCUUGUGACUGCAUUCCUCCAGUCUCUGCCUCCACCUUCACAUGACCUCCCUGAGAGCCUCUUAUGUCUCAGAUCUCCUUCUUACAAGGACACCAAUCAUUGGAUUUCAGGUCCACCCUAAUCGUGGGUGAGCACAUCCCAAGAUCCUUCACAUUCAUAGGUAUUGGCACUUAGGAGUUGGAUGUAUGUUUUUGGGAGAACAUUAUUCAACAGCCUGCAGAAGCAUUGGGUGAAGACUUCAUCCCAUGCUGCUAGAACAGCCCUGGGAGUUUGUUGACCACAGCCAGGAUCACCACGGUCAGCAUGGCCAGUGCCUGUCCUGAAGCGACAGCUCAUGAGCACACGUGCCUUGGCAUCCCAACUGCUUGAGGACUUCAUUGGUGCUAAUGGCACUGUGGUGUAGCCGACCAGCAACAGUAUCUCCGCCCUCAGGACUGCCACCCCAGGGAGCUGGGUUCAGGAAGGUGUGGCUGACACCAUGAGCAUGGAGAAGACCUGGGUGCUGGCCUGUCACCCAUUCAAAGCUGAUCGAAUCCUUUCCAGCCUGCUGCCCUCCAAGCCCAGGAAGCCAGCCUGGAGGAGGUUCUCAGAUGCUUCUCUGGGUCCUCCUCAGCCAGGGACACGGUAGGCAACAGAGAGAUGCUUCGGUCCGCGUGCUGCCAGAGAGGAUGGUGACACGCGUCUUUCAGUCACCAGUGGAGAUCACCAGGAGCAUCAGCAGGAAGAGCCAGUGGGCCCACAAGCUUAGCAAGUCGAUCAGGAUAGGGUUAUUUGGUGGAUAGGCCAUGAGUGUCAGGGACCUGGGACUGGACACCACCCCAGAGGGCUCAGGAUGCUUUUGGAGGGAGGAAAGGAGAAAGACCUCUACUGAGGGAACAGCUGGCUGUGUGUGGUGGGCUGAGGUGACGUCACAGGGGCAGAGCUUUGCAGGGAUUUUCAGAUGAUCCCACCGGGAGGUGUGGGGUGGUUGAGACCUAGGACCAAAGGGGCCCUCUAAGCAGUAGUGGGGCACAUCCAGUAUUUCCACCUUUCUGCAUUGAGCAGAAUCACUAGGGUCCUGGUUGUCCCUCUGGAGUGGGGUCCAGUCUCACCUGGAAGUCAACACCCAGCUGCCUCCACUCUGGCAGGGAAACAUGCACUGUUCCUCUGACCACUGACCAUUCUUGAGUGGUCAGCAUGGCCUGUUCCGCCCCUAGGGACUGGCCUGGUCCAGCUGGGCUCAGCCUCAGGACUCAGUCAGUCUCCAGGUGUGAGCCCGCCCCACACUGUCUGUGCCCUUUGCAGGCCUCUCCUGAGACUUCUGGACACAAUCUUGGGCCACCCACCAGCAAGCCUUGGCCUGGAUGCUCAUUCUAACCCAUCCCAGAAUAAACGGAAACUUCAUGUGUUCA